GAAGCCAACUGAUCGACUUCGAUUGUGUUUCCAUCUGAGAUCUUCCUGAAUAUUCUUACCGGAAUUGUGCGUGCAGCCCACGCGAAUGGCACUCUCGCAGCCCGCCUUCUCCGAGCCACACAUAGAGAUUCCCUUCUCCCUCGACGAAUAUGAAGAUCGAGAUGCACCCGAAUUCCGACUGCAAGACCGGCUGAACUUUUGGGACGGCCCCAUCCGCACUUUUCUCGCACGACGUGGAUAUGAGCUGUAUAAUAUCUGCCCUAUCGCGGACGACGGUGCCGACAAAUUCGCUUUGACGUAUCCGGCUCUGUCGACUCCCCGCCGCCCGUUAGACGACGACCGCUAUGCGUUAAUGGACCCAGACGACCGGGAUAGGAACGCGGAAGAGGCUCGGGAGAAGACACUCUAUGCUCAGAUGGAGACGGCUUACGCUCGGGAAGCUCGGGGACGAGCGGUCUUUGCUCAGCAUAUCGACAGGCCGGAUCGUCACGUCGCAGUCAAGCUUGUGCGGGACAAGAGCGUCGAGAUACAUGUGCUCAAGCUGAUUCACGGAAGAUCCAAAGAGAAGCCGGUGCGCGGACUGAUUCCUGUCCUGGAUAUCAUACCGUUUGGCGGCAACUGGCUGGUUGUCAUGCCGAGAUGGGGUGAAGGCAUUAUGGCACCGUUCCCGACGACUAUCGGACCCGUCCUGAACCUCCUCGAGGAUCUGCUCGAGGGUUUCGCGUUUCUCCACAGUCAUAAUAUCGUGCACAGGGAUCACUCCUACAGGAACACCCUGGUCAACCACGUACCUGUCCUGGCGACUGAAAUAGAUGACCCUCCGGCGACCCGCCAAGCGCUGCGAGACGCAGGCGUUCUGCGGCAUGCGAUCUUCGACUUUGAUGUUGCGCUGGUCUUCCCUGAUCGAGCCUCCGCCCGGCUGCCCUAUGCUGAAUUCUGGCUCGGAGCAUACAAGUGGACUGACGAAAUAUAUCAAGGGGAAUACGACUACGAUCCGUUUGCGGCGGACGUGUCCAUUCUGGCCGGGGAUCUUUGCGUCGAUCUGCAGUAUCAUACACCUUAUGUGCCCAUCCUGGCACCUCUGUUCGACGGGAUGCUUCAUUGGCAUGUCCCGUCUCGGCUGACAGCGUCCGGGGCACUUGGCCUGCUACGUUCGUUGAGGGCCGAGAGCGGGGACCUGGAUAAGCAGCCACUUCCUGCGGUCAAGAAGCGGUUCAUUCAUGUGACGGAAUACGACCGGUGGGCGGGAUUGCCCGACGACUUUGUCAAGCGGUGGGGGCAUCUUCGGACCCCGCCGGUUCCUUGGACGAGAUCUUUCCUGCGAAGGAUCUGCAGACAUGACUCCCUCGCAAGUUGUGUACGUUUUCUCAGACGCAUGCUUUCCUUCCUUGUGGGAUGAGAGCCACUGUCACUCCUGCCCCCGUGUGCACCUUACAGUCAAUGCUGCCUCUGCUGGCAUCCCUGCCAUCGCCCCCCUCUCUAUCUUACCUCCGCUGUCACCCUCGCCAGACCAGUGCUCAUGACAACCAAGUGCCCACUGGCAUUACAUGUUUUUUUUUACCAUCCACAAGUUACAGUUGGUCUUACUAGAUUGCCGAUUUGAACACAAUCUAUGAUAUAAAUUCAGGUUUUAAUCGCCCGCUCUGUAAGAUUUUACGAGUACGUGGUAAUGAAAUCUCAGUGUCGUUCGCACAUCGGCCGCGCCGCAAACAAUGAUCCCAUCCCGAGCGGCUAAAUAUUGACGCUCAACGAGUAUCUGGUAAGGUCCCAACGGGAGCUUGCUCCGCAUAUGGGCAAGGACGACAAAUGAAAAGUGUCGUCCAGAUAGAGAUAUCCUAGUGCGGC